AUGUCUUUACCAUUCUACCAAAGACACCACGAGCACUAUGACCGUGCGUACCGCCACAAAGCGCUGUCGUCCACUGUGAGCCAGUACCAAAAGGAGACAAAGAGCAAAUCUGCCGUGUAUGCUCAAGGAUCCGCAGCUUACGCCAGGGGCUCUGCAGCCUAUCGCCACUCGUCUGCAGCAGGCUUCAGCCUUGACUCCUCAGCAGCCUACAGCCAUGGCUCUUCAGCCUACGACCUUGAGUCGGCAGCCUACAGCCACGGCUCCACAGCCUACGACAGCUCUGCCACGCAAAGCAAGAGGUCUGCUGCCUACAGCCUUGACUCGGAGUCCCUCAGCACCAGCUCAGCUGCCUACAGCCAUGCAUCUGAGUCCAUCAACAAGCUGGCUGCAGCCUACAGGCUGGGAUCUGAAGCCUACAGCUUUGGACUGAAAAAUUCCAACUUAAUGAUAGAAGAUCAAUCCUAUAAGAUGAGUCCCAAAGCAAAGAGGGCAAAACAGAGUUUGAUAUCAGAGGACAAAGAAAACGAAGCCUUAGACUACUCAGUGCCCAUAUUCACAGGAAGACAAGUGAAUAUCAGUGGUAUCACAGACACUGAAGAAGAGAGAAUUAAAGAAAGUGCUGCGUAUGUUGCCAAGAGGAACCUUUUUGCCACAGGGGAAGGAGUUAGUGUCAGCAAGGUGGCCAAGACAACUUCUGAAGAGGAACAUCAUGAAAAAAAGUCAAGGAAAGUGGCGAUCCGAGAGUCUGCUGAACGUGUGGCCAUGAAGAAAACGCUAGAAGAGACUCAGGCAUUCCAUAGAAAGUUGAAUCAAGAUAAACUCUUACAUGCUCCUGAGUUUAUCAUUGAGCCUCGUUCCCACACCAUCUGGGAAAAGGAAAAUGUUAGGUUUAAUUGUUCUGUGGCUGGCUGGCCAGAACCUCAUGUUACAUGGUACAAGAAUAAUGUGCCCAUUGAUGUACAGGCUCACCCUGGCAAGUAUAUAAUUCAAAGUCGGUAUGGGCUGCACUCCCUGGAGAUUACAGAAUGCGAAUUUGAUGACACUGCGCAGUAUCAUGCCUCUGCUAUGAAUGUUAAAGGAGAAGUUUCAGUUUAUGCUUCCCUCGUGGUAAAGAUUGCCGUUACCCCUCAUGGCUAUGCUUCCAGGUUUGAAAUCAGCUUUGUCGACAAGUUUGAUGUAGCCUUUGGGAGAGAAGGCGAAACAAUGAGUCUGGGCUGCACAGUUGUUAUCAAUCCUGAUAUCAAGCGCUUCAAACCAGACAUUGAGUGGUACAGAAAUGGUGUUCUUAUUACACCAUCCAAAUGGGUCCAGAUGCAGUGGAGCGGGGAGCGAGCUUCUCUGACACUGACUCACGCAAACAAGGAAGAUGAGGGUCUGUACACGCUCCGAGUGGCGAUGGGAGAGUACUAUGAAGAGUACAGUGGUUAUGUCUUUGUUCGAGAUGCUGAUGCUGAAAUCCCUGGAGCCCCUGGUGCACCACUAGAUGUGCAGUGCUUAGAUGCCAACAAAGAUUAUGUCAUUGUCUCCUGGAAGCAACCUGCUGUCGAUGGAGGAAACCCCAUCCUUGGAUAUUUCAUUGACAGGUGUGAGGUUGGCACCUCCCACUGGACCCAGUGCAAUGAGAAUCCCGUGAAGUUUGCUCGUUUUCCUGUCACUGGUCUGAUCGAAGGCCGUUCCUAUAUUUUCCGAGUCCGAGCUGUGAACAAGGCUGGAGUCAGCCUGCCAUCCCGGGUGUCAGAGCCUGUGGCUGCUCUGGAUCCUGCUGACAGAGCCAGGCUUAGAAGUCACCCUUCUGCUCCUUGGACGGGACAGAUUAUUGUGACUGAGGAAGAACCUGCAGAGGGUGUUGUUCCUGGUCCCCCCACAGACCUCCAAGUUAUUGAGGCCACCAAGAACUAUGUUGUGCUUAGCUGGAAACCUCCUGGACAGCGGGGCCAUGAGGGUAUCAUGUACUUUGUGGAAAAGUGUGUUGCUGGCACAGAGGACUGGCAAAGGGUGAACACUGAGAUCCCUGUGAAGUCCCCUCGCUUUGCAGUUUUUGAUUUGUCUGAAGGCAAAUCCUACUGCUUCCGAGUUCGCUGCUGCAAUUCAGCUGGGAUUGGUGAACCCUCAGAAGCAACUGAAGCCACUGUAGUGGAUGACAAACUCGAUAUUCCCAAAGCUCCUGGCCGAAUUAUGCCAACUAGGAAUACAGAUACUUCAGUUGUUGUCACUUGGACAGAGCCCCCAGAUGCCAAGGAGCUGGUUGGGUACUACAUUGAGUCAAGUGUGGAAGGGUCUGGUCGUUGGGAACCAUGUAACAACAAUCCAGUGAAAGGCACAAGAUUCGUUUGCCAUGGGCUCAGCACUGGUGAGAAGUACAUUUUCAGAGUCAGAGCUGUUAAUGCAGCAGGACUCAGUGAAUUUUCACAGGAAUCAGAGCCUAUAGAGGUGAAAGCAGCCAUUGCUGCUCCAUCCCCACCUUACGACAUCGUGGUGCUCGAGAGUGUCCGUGACUCGAUGGUGCUGGGAUGGAAACAGCCCGAAGCCAUUGGUGGAACUGAGAUCACCGGCUACUACGUGAACUAUAGGGAAGUGGUGGAUGGAGUUCCUGGGAAAUGGAAGGAGGCCAACAUUAAGGCUGUUACUGACAGGGCAUACAGGAUUGAAAACCUGAAGGAAAACAUGGUGUACCAGUUCCAGGUGGCUGCUGCUAACCUGGCAGGGGUUGGGGCACCCUCCAAACCCAGCAAGUCCUUCAAGUGUGAAGAGUGGACCAUUGCCGUGCCUGGGCCACCCCAUGAUGUCAAAUGCACAGAAGUUAGGAAAGACUCUCUGGUGUUACUGUGGAAGGAACCAGUUUAUUCUGGUCGUACUCCCGUAGUUGGUUAUUAUGUUGAUAUGAAGGAAACUGAAGCAAAGGAGGAACGCUGGAGAAGUGUCAAUGAGAAGCCCCUUCAAAAGAAAUACUUGAAGAUUGGUGGCCUGACACAAGGUGUGAGCUACGUGUUUCGUGUGCGGGCAGCAAACCAGGCUGGCGUUGGGAAGCCAUCAGAUGUCACAGAUGCUGUCAUAGCAGAGACACGACCAGGAACCAAGGAAGUGGUGGUUGAUGUAGACGACAAUGGAGUAAUUUCCUUGAACUUUGAAUGUGAUCAGAUGUCUCCAGACUCUAAGUUCAUUUGGUCCAAGAAUUAUGAACCAAUUGAGGAUGAUUCUCGACUGAACAUCGAUACCAAAGGCGGAAAGUCUAAACUUUCCUUUAAGAAUCUUGGAGAAGAUGAUUUGGGAAUUUACUCUUGUAUUGUCACAGACACUGAUGGAGUUUCAUCAAGCUACACAAUUGAUGAGGAAGAAAUGAAACGCCUGCUUGCUCUGAGCCAUGAACGGCAGUUCCCAACUGUCCCACUUAUCUCUGAGUUGGCAGUGGAAAUCUUGGAGAAAGGAGAAGUGAGAUUCUGGCUGCAAGCUGAAAAACUGUCUGGCAAUGCAAAGGCCAAUUUUGUGUUUAAUGAUAAGGAGAUUUUCAAUGGAGAGAAAUACAAAAUGAAAGUGGACAAGAAUACUGGCCUUGUUGAAAUGAUUAUGGAUAAGCUUGAGGAAAAGGAUGAAGGCACUUACACGUUCCAGCUGCAGGAUGGAAAAGCAACCAAUCAGUCUAGUCUGGUCCUCAUUGGUGAUGUAUUCAAGAAGCUACAGGAUGAAGCAGAUUUCCAGAGAAAAGAGUGGCACAGGAAACAAGGUCCUCAUUUCGUGGAUAAACUGGGAUGGGAAGUUACUGAUGAGUGUAAUGUGAUGUUGAAAUGUAAGGUGGCUAAUAUUAAGAAGGAAACACACAUUGUGUGGUACAAAGAUGACAGGGAGAUAAUGGUAGAUGAAGAACAUGACUUCAAGGAUGGUGUGUGUACUCUGCUGAUAUCAGAGUUUUCUAAGAAAGAUGCUGGCACAUAUGAAGUCAUUCUGAAGGACGACAGAGGAAAGGACUCCAGUGAGCUGAAGCUCAAGGACACAGCUUUUGCAGAUCUGAUGAAUGAAGUAUGCAGAAGGAUUGCUUUAUCUGCAACAGACCUGAAAAUCCAGAGCACAGCUGAGGGUAUCAGACUGUACUCCUAUGUUACUUAUUAUGUAGAAGAUUUGAGAGUAGGCUGGGUACACAAUGAUACCCAGAUUAAGUUCACGGACCGGAUGAGGACUGGUGUCACCGGGGAGCAGAUCUGGCUGCAGAUCAAUGAGCCGACUCCACAGGACAAAGGCAGAUACAUAAUGGAACUCUUUGAUGGCAGCACAACGCACAAAAAGACAGUGGAUCUUUCUGGCCAAGCCUUCGAUGAAGCCUUUGCUGAGUUCCAGAGACUAAAGCAAGCUGCAAUUGCAGAGAAAAAUCGUGCACGGGUACUUGGAGGUUUGCCCGAUGUUGUCACCAUCCAGGAGGGCAAGGCACUCAAUCUUUCUUGCACUGUCUGGGGAGAUCCCACCCCAGAGGUCUCAUGGCUGAAGAAUGAAAAGUCAUUUGUAUCAGAUGCCAAUUGCAUCCUGAGGUUUGAAUCUGGAAAAAAUGUCAGCUUUUCCAUUUCUACUGUGUCCACACAAGACUCUGGGAAAUACAGCAUUGUGGUGAAGAAUAAGUACGGCACAGAGACCAGCGACGUCACUGUAAGUGUGUACAUCCCUGAGGAGGAGAGAGAGUCUGAGCAAGAGAAAAAGCAGUAGGAUAAAAUGAAAGCAUGAAUUUAAGUCUAGAAGAGAGAAGUACAGAGAAGAUUCUGGAUGUUAGGCUGAUAUAAUCCAUGUGUGUAAAUGGCUUUCUGCUUUAGCAGGCAGCCUUGGAUUUUUCCAUUCACUUCACAUUUGCUUCUAAUACACUUAUUUAUGCCAGGGAAAACAGGGCCUUUCCUGAAUGUUUUCUUAAUGCUAACUUCACAGAAACUAAUUGUAGCAUUUUAAGCAAGGCCAAGUGCAUGCUGUCUGUAAACACAUGCUCACCAUUUCAUCCUUUUUCUGGAGCAUCUGGAAGGAAAGGGUCAAGAAUUGUUUCCGUGGAAGCAACUAAUGAGGUAGAUGGAAAAAUCAAAAAGAUCGGGGUGAACUUGAGCAGCAGAGUUAGGAUUUGUUCCAGCUUUGGUAAAGCAGCAUAAAUGGAACGUGUUAGAUCACAGAGAAAUGAGUGCUGGCUUUUGUCUGUGUUAAGGCCCCUUUGUAUUGCUGUGUUAAUUUAGUGAGGCCUUAAUAUGGGUGUCAUUUACAGCCCUUAAUAUUGUUUAAUCUGCCCAAAAAGGGUAGCAGUACUGUAACAUAAAUGAAAAUAAGGCUUAGGAGGCCAGGAUAGUAAUAUGUGUGUGUGUGUCUGUAAAAGUGUAUGAACUCUGCUCUAUGUUCACAAAUAAACUGAAUUCACUUCUUUCCUUCAAUCACAA